AUGCUGAUCUCACAGAUCACACAACACAACGGGGGCGGAAGGCAUUGGGUUCGCCACCCUGAUGAAGCAGGGGGUCAGCCUGAUGAUGAAGCCAGAGACAGGAGGAUGGGGGAGAUGAAAGGGGGUGCAAACUACAACUUAGAUGAAGUGGGAGGAGCCCCUGUUGACAAUGAAACAAACAAGGACUGUCCAUCCACAGGAAGUGAGGGACAAGGUGCUGUUGAGCAGCAUCACAGAUGGAAAGGAUGGGAAGGACAAGGAGGAGGAGCAGCAUUGAGGAGGCCCCAGAGCAGGAGCAGUGUCACAGGUGACAUUGUGAGGAUGGUUAUAUAA